CUGAACAUUACAUAAAACCUGAGCCGCUUUAAGUAUUUCCUUUUCAUCCAACAGAUACAUUAAUAAGGCCUUUAACAAGCCAUUAAUGAGGCAGGAGAUCUUUUAGGCAACAAAAACACGAACUUCAAGUGGGCAAAACUGUGACAGCAAUUGGUGAGAGUGAAGCGGCCGGAGCAAGCAGAGCAGAGAUUCAGCUGGAUGAUCACGUAUCUUGCCACAGGUAUCACCAGCCUAUCUUUAGGCACCUUCUGGAAAGACAGUUCACUGAUACCAGCUCGGUGAGGCCGGGAAUUUGUUUGAUGUGCUUAAGAGGUUGGUAACAAUAGCUCCUAACGUGACAGCAGCGUUGCGGGGUGACAGCGUCUCCUUGGAGACAGCGAAUGCAUCCAGCCACCCAGGAUCAGCAUCCCGGCAGGUUCCCCCUCUCCAGAGGCCCUGGAACUCCCUCCCUGUGCAGGGCCAGAGAUGGGAAGAUAAGCUCUGCCUGUACAAGUAGCCCUGUGCAAGAUGUGAGGAUUUUACGCAGCAGCCAGACAUGUCUGAAAGCUCCUCAGGUCUGACUACAAGCAAUCAGAAGUCCUUUAAACCCUAUUCCUCCUGCUGCUCCAUCCUGAGGGAUGCCCACAACGUUCCACUGGUUUUACCCCAAAGCAGAGGAGCCCUCGGGCAGAACUGGGACCCCAGGCUGCCUUUCCCACUUCCUUCUGACUCCUUCAAGUACCUUGGCUGGUGUGACAUAGAGGAACACGGUGUUCGAGGAAAUCAGCUCCUCUGUCCCCGAGUGAGGGAAGGGCCCUCGGAAGAAGAGCUGUUUUUCAGAAAAGAAGAACAUACUCUGAAAAGAAGAAAACAAGUAACUGACACACAGAAAUGGGAAAAGAGGCUGCAAGAGAACUGGGAAAACUGUGCUGAGUUGAACCUUUCCUUCCAGGACCUGGGUGAUCUUUACCAGGUGGAAAACUUCCAAAGAAUCCUGCGCAGAUUAAUUCGGGUGGAAAAGCUUUGGUUGGUGGACAAUUCUUUGACAGACCUCAGUGCCAUAAGGUUGCCAAGGUGCAGAGAGCUAAAUGUAAAUAAAAACCACUUUACAUCCUUCAAACAGCUGCCAAAGAUCCCUCAGAUUCAGCACUUGUCUCUUGCUGAAAAUAACAUCACAACCCUGAGUGGGAUUUCAGACUUCAGACACACUCCACUGGAAUCCCUCAUCCUCAAGAGGAAUCCCUGUGAGUUCCAGGAAAGAUACAGACAGCUUGUGUUCUCCAAUUUGCCAAACCUGAAAAUGCUGGAUGGUAUCCCAAAACUGCCAGAGGACUGCUCACCCCCUGAGGUCAGGUUUUUUUACAGAAUGUGUACAAUACUCUAGCACAGUAUUUUUGUAGGAUCACAACCGUGCUACAACCACCUUGCUCAAAAGAGACUGUAAAGCCUGCUUAUGAAAGUUCUAUUUAUUUUUUUUACUGGUCAAAGAGAUAUUGAAACAGAAAUAAAUAAUU